UGGCGUCAGCUGAUGGGCCGCCGGCGGGGAAGGCCGCGGCCGCGCGAACAUGGCGGCGGAGAUCCACUCCAGGCCGCAGAGCAGCCGCCCGGUGCUGCUGAGCAAGAUCGAGGGCCACCAGGACGCCGUCACGGCCGCGCUGCUCAUCCCCAAGGAGGACGGCGUCAUCACGGCCAGCGAGGACCGAACCAUCCGAGUAUGGCUGAAGAGAGACAGUGGCCAGUACUGGCCCAGUAUUUAUCACACAAUGGCCUCUCCUUGUUCUACUAUGGCUUACCAUCACGAUAGCAGGAGAAUAUUUGUUGGUCAGGAUAAUGGAGCUGUAAUGGAGUUUCACGUUUCUGAAGAUUUUAAUAAAAUGAACUUUAUCAAGACCUACCCAGCUCACCAGAACCGGGUGUCUGCCAUCAUCUUCAGCUUGGCCACAGAGUGGGUGAUCAGCACCGGUCACGACAAAUGUGUGAGCUGGAUGUGCACGAGGAGCGGGAACAUGCUGGGGCGGCACUUCUUCACCUCCUGGGCUUCGUGUCUCCAAUAUGAUUUUGAUACUCAAUAUGCUUUUGUUGGAGAUUUUUCUGGACAGAUCACACUCCUGAAGCUUGAACAGAACACGUGCUCUGUUAUCACAACCCUCAAAGGACAUGAAGGGAGUGUUGCCUGCCUCUGGUGGGACCCCAUUCAGCGGUUACUCUUCUCAGGAGCAUCGGACAACAGCAUCAUCAUGUGGGACAUUGGAGGCAGGAAAGGCCGGACACUCUUGCUUCAGGGCCACCAUGACCGGGUGCAAUCGCUGUGCUACCUGCAGCUCACCAGGCAGCUGGUUUCCUGUUCCUCGGAUGGUGGAAUUGCAGUGUGGAACAUGGAUGUUAGCCGAGAAGAGGCACCUCAGUGGUUGGAGAGUGAUUCCUGUCAAAAGUGUGAGCAGCCCUUUUUCUGGAACCUAAAGCAAAUGUGGGACACAAAGACACUGGGUUUGAGGCAGCAUCACUGCAGGAAGUGUGGGCAGGCCGUCUGUGGCAAGUGCAGCAGCAAGCGCUCCAGUUACCCUGUCAUGGGCUUUGAGUUCCAGGUCCGAGUUUGUGAUUCCUGUUAUGACUCCAUCAAAGAGGAAGAUCGGACUUCACUAGCAACUUUUCAUGAAGGAAAGCAUAACAUUUCCCACAUGUCCAUGGACAUUGCCAGGGGACUGAUGGUGACCUGUGGCACUGACCGCAUUGUCAAGAUCUGGGACAUGACGCCUGUGGUAGGCUGCAGUCUGGCAACGGGGUUUGCUCCACACUGAUGCAGGCGCUGGGUGACGGUGACACCUCAGGAACAGCUGCCUCCACCAGAUGAAACCCUCCCCAUGUAGCUCAACAGCCGCUGUCACGUGAAAGGAUGAUGGCUACCGCAAAACAAAUCGGCAUUUUUAAAAGGAAUAAGAUGUACAGGUGUGUCUGGGCAUCUGUGGAACUCACCUGUGGGGACUGGUUGGAAAUGAUCUGUGUAGGAACGCCCUCCUGAGGAAGGGGGAGAUUGUUCAUGAACAGAGAGCUCGGGUGAGGAAAGAGGAACGUACUGAAUUUUAGAAGGGAAACAAGUUGAAGAGAACUGAAUGCUUAGGACUUUCAAAAAGCAGUCCCACUCCAAACCCACAUCUGUCAGAGUAGCUGGCCUCCCCCAGGCCUAGGCUUUCUGUUGUCAGAGCAGGCGCUAGGGAGGAGGACUGUCCUCUCUUUAUCUAGGGGAGGCACCACUCUUACGUGAAUCUUGUCUACUCUUUGGUUGUUGGUAAACGUCCUAAAAAGCUAUUUGUUCUCUUCAGAUAGUGCCGUCACCUGUUCUUAAUCUUGGACUCACUUUAGUCAUUUCUGUUUCAGCCAGUGUGUGUCACGUAACUAGGAAAGUCCCCCUUCUCUCUCCAUUCCCCCCACAUGUGUUCUGAGGACAAAGCUUCCUUACGGUGCUGUUAACAUGAUUCAUGCUGUCACCAGACAUUUUCUUAAAACCCAGUGACCAGGCAGUGGUGAUGGGAUAGAGUCAGUCUGUUCCUAUUAAAGCCACAGUCUAUGUAGUGUUCCAACUUGAGCCCCUGCCACGUGGAAGUUGAUUGCACCCCUCAGAAAAGUACUUCAAAGCUUCGUUGGCUUUUAGUCAUAACUAAUGUAAUUUAUUUUUCAUAGGAGAGUAUGGAUGGCUUAGAGCUGUAAUCAUUAAUCAGGUCCUAUCAGUAAUGCCUAACUUACCAAUCACUUCCUUCACAGCUAGUAAAUGUUGUUGCUUCAAACACAUUCUUAAAGUGUUUGACCACAAAGUAUAGGUUGAAGAGGAGAAGGAAGAGGAGGAGUCUACCUUUAAUAUACAGAUAUGUACAUGUGUGUAUUUUGAGAGUAGCACACAUAGCUAUUCUUGUAGAGCUAUGAAACCAAGUACUGUGGCUUGAAUUCAGAGUCCUGGUACUGUCCCUUAACAUUUUUGCUCAAGGCUGGUGCUCUACCACUUGAGCCACAGCUCUGCAUUCUGGCUUUUUGGUGG